AUGGCGACACCGACCGAAUCCCUUGAUGAGUAUGACCGCUUAGUAUACCCCGGGUUCAUGCGAAGGCCGAUGGCUCGGUGGAACGAGGACGGCUCCGUCGCGCCGAUGGCGCGCGCGCGCGGGCCGAAGGGGGAGGCGUUCCAACUCACGCUUCGGCAAUCCGAGAUCGAGGAGGACAUCGGGACGAUCGAGCACGAGGUGAGAAGAGUGCGACGAAUCGUGGUCGCUUCGUAA